CUGAAAUGGAGACUAGCCGGGCGUACAGAGAGACUCGUCACAGCCGUCGUAGACGCCAACCUCGCGGCGCGCAGUGGACCCGAAGCGGUAUGGGGCGAGCAGGAACUCAUUAUAUGCAAACACAUACUUCCCCUCGAGCAGCUGCAAAGCGGGUCGAUCCCGUCCGAAGCCCUCGCAAAGUGCCAUUCGUGCGACAUCACCUCCAAUCUCUGGCUCUGCCUUACCUAUGGUGCACUGGGCUACGGCCGCCCGCAAUACGGCAUACCGGACCCGGGAAACGGUCACGUUCUCGCCCACUUUAAUACCCAUCGCAGCUUGGGGGAAGAAGAGCAUGCAGCGUGCGUCAAGCUGGGGAUGAUUACGCCGGAGGGCAAUGCGGACAUUUGCUGCUAUGCGUGCAACGAGCCGCGGUUGGAUCCGGAGCUCGCGGCGCGCCUGGGGAACUUUGGGAUAAACGUGGCACUGCGGAAGAAGACGGAGAAAAGUUUGGCGGAGCUGCAAAUCGAACAAACGUCGCGUUCAACUUUCUCACUACCGAGGACGAAUCCGCACUAGAACCCGUGUUUGGCCCUGGCAACACGGGACUCGCGAGUCUUGGGAAAAGCUGCUACAUAGCCUCUGUCGUGCAAACGCUCUUCUCACUCCCCGCCUUCCCGUCGCGGUACUAUGAUUUUGGCGCGUCAAAGGCAGAUGCACACUGACAGCGUGCAAGGAGUUGCUCUCAGCGGAGUGCGUCGAGUGCCAGAUGCUCAAGGUCGCAGAUGAGCAUAUCUCGGACGUGGCCUCCAGCCGGGAGAGAAGGAGCCCGCAGAUAACCCCGCUGUGGCGUCACAGCCGCAAUUCGACGCAGAAGCGCUCGCGCAGCUUGAGAGCAUGGGAUUCCUGACGGUCCGGUGCCAGCGUGCGCAGUUCGCAACGGGCAACAUUGGCGCUGAGGCGGCGAUGGAGUGGUUGUUCGGGCAUAUGGAGGAUCCUGACAUUGAUGCGCCACUUGAUCUUGGUGGAGCAGCUGGAAGCGCAGCGGCUGGUGGAUCCGCGAUGCUGGUCUCGAUAGGUUUCACGCAGGCACAGGCCCGUAAGGCGCUCGGGGAAACGAAGAGUGUGGAUGAGCUGAAGCGGCUGGCUUACAUGAUAUGGGAAGCUAAUACAGGUCGUCAGCUCGGGAAGCCUCUGGACGGGCAUGCUGCGUCGGUCAACGCCAUUGCUUAUUCUCCGGAUGGAAGACAUCUCGUGAGCAGCUUCGACGACAAAUCUAUUCGAAUCUGGGAUACAAACACGCACGAGAUGGUCAUGGAACCGCUUGAAGGGCAUGAGGAUUGGGUUACAGCUGUUCAGUAUUCUCCUGACGGUGCCAUCAUCGCAAGUGCAGGGUCGGAUUCUUAUCUAAAGCUCUGGGACGCAAAUACUGGCAAGUGCAUUGCAUCCAUAGAACACCCUAAUCCCGUCAGAUCCAUCUCCUUCUCUCCGAAUGGUAUCCACAUUGCGACUGGGUGCCAUGACUCCCUCAUCCGCGUCUACAAUGUUGACAGACAUACACUCGUUUUCGAGCCCACAUGGGGUCACCGGGCCGGCGUUCAGAGUGUCCAGUACUCUCCAGACGGCCGUGUGAUUGCUAGUGCCUCGGAGGAUCAUACCGUUCGUCUCUGGGAUGCUCUCACGGGCACACCAGUAUGUGAUCCACUAGAAGGUCAUAGGAGCUGUGUCAAUGGCGUCUCGUUCUCUCGCGACGGAUCGCGUCUCCUUAGCUGCUCGGAUGACAGGUCGAUCCGUGUCUGGGAGCUUGAUGGGGGAGACACGAAAUUGAAGCCGCUCUAUGGACAUGAUCAUGGUGCACCCGGAGUCACUUGCUCGCCCGAUGGCGAGCAUUUCGCUUCGUUCGCCUAUGAGUCGGUGCGUAUCUGGAGCAUGCGUACACUGGAGCCAGUGCUUCCAAAGAUACUCACAAGCAUGUCGAAGAUCCACAAACCGCUAGCUAUGAAUGCUUACAGCCAGGUCAACGCCAUCUCUUGGUUCCCAAAUGGAAAGCAAGUUGCAGUUGCUACAAUUUAUGACACCGUCGGUAUAUGGGACAUGCAAAAGGGAUAUGAGAUAUGCAAGCCUCUCGCUGGGCACGCAGGCUCAGUGGAGGAUAUAGACAUCUCACACAGUGGAAGUCUUUUGGCAAGUGCGUCAUUGGACAAGACAGUGCGCGUCUGGGAAGUCAAACACAAGACAUUUGUCGUCAAACAUUCUCUCAAGCAACCAUCCGGUGUUCGAGCUGUAUGUUUCACUCCGGAUGAGGCCCGUCUCGCCAGUGGAUGCCAGGAUCAUAAUAUAUAUAUAUGGGACGUCCGCUCUGGAUCCUCUCUGCAUAUUUUGAAUGGCCACACCAAGGGAGUUACCUCGCUCAGCAUCUCGGCUGACGGUUCCCUGCUAGCGAGCGCAUCCGACGACAAAAAUAUCCGUAUAUGGGAUCUUCAGUCGUAUGGGGUCGUAGUAGAGCUAGCGGAUUCCGGUGACACACUUAUGUCGGUUUGCUUCUCACAUGACGGAUCACAGGUGCUGAGUGGGUCGCGUAAGAACGAGGGGGCACAUAACACGGUCAAUCUAUGGGACCUCUCGCGCAGACCAGGAGAAACUAUCUUUGGUGUCAGACGUGCCUCACAAGUUCAAUGUGUGCACUUCUCUAGGGAUGGAACCAAGUUUCUGGGCGCAUCUAUGGAAGAAGUGAAUGUCUGGGAUGCAAAUACAAGGGAGCUCCUUCAGUCUAUACAACACGACAACCACGUCGGCGCUGCAGCGUUCUCUCCUGAUGGCACGCAGGUUGUGAGCGGGACAGACAGCGGAGAAAUGAGUCUGUGGGACGUCCAGACAGGGAGACUUCUUCUUCCCAAGGAAGACAUUGAUGAGAAGUCGCCUUCCCAACGGGUGCAUAGGGUUGAAUCUACUGACAGCAUCAUGAAUAUGCCAGCUAUUCCACGAAGGCGGGAUUUCAUUGGGCAAGUUGGAGCUCCGAACAGCACUCGCCACUCGAAGAAGAAAGGGAAUACCAAAGCUUUCAAGCCCAACAGGCGGGGGGACGGAUUGCCUGAUUCUACAUUCGACUCAGCCGAGGAAAAAGCAAAAUCUCGCUGGAUAAAUCGGAUUAUUCCUCGCUGGAGUCAACACAUCACGCUCCCAGUGACAGUUUCCCCGGGUAGGAUGAAUCCACGCAACGUUGCCGCAUCGUCGUCUAGCCAGCCACGCCCUAGAGAACGAUUACCGGACGUAUACAGCUUAGAUAGCCACGAAAGUGGAGAAGAUGAGCACGAGCAGCAAGCAGUCUGGGACCUUCAGACGUAUGCGGCAGUGGCAGAACCGUUGCAUUCCGGCGGUAAAGUUGCAUCAGUUUGCUUUUCACCUGACGGAGCACAGUUGCUGAGCGGGUUACAACGUAUCAAAGAGGAAGAUAAUGCGGUCAAUAUUUGGGACCUAUCACGCGGAGAGCCGUACUUUGGUUUGUGUAAAGGCGACCAGUGGGUCAACUGCGUGCACUUCUCUAGCGACGGAACCAAGUUCCUGAGCGUGGUCGGGGAAACCUUGGAAGUAUGGGACACCAAUACCGGGGAGCUCUAUCAGUCUAUACGGCACGAUCAAACCGUUAAAACUGCAGCGUUCUCUCCCGAUGGCACAGAAAUUGUGAGCGGCACCAUGGAAGGAGAUAUCAGACUGUGGGACGUCGAGACGGGGAGUGUUCUUCUCCCAAAGGUGGAGCCGCAGUACCACCAUUUUCACCUAGCUGAAACUGAUUUUACACCAUUGCCCCCUAGGAAGGCGGCGAUGAGAACCUCCGCCCGAGAUGCCGUGUCGCCUUCCAGACGGGUGCAGAGGGCUGAUUCCAUCGAGAGCUUCAUGAAUAUGUCAGCAGUACCGCGACAUCGUGCGUUCAUAGCUCAAAUUGAGGGUCAGGAUGGCGACCGCUGUUCAAGAAAGAAGACGAACUCGAGAAACUCCAGGUCCACCCGUCGCGCGCGCAGAUUCACUAACUCCGCGUCUGCUUCGGGACAGGAAGCAGCGGAGCCGCAAAGGCCCAGUAACUUCGCUACUCGCUGGCGCUCGCGACUUGCAAUGCCCGUCGUUGUAUCUCCUGCGACAAUGAGAUUGCGUAUUCGCGCCGCGCCCUCUCCAGAAAGGAAUACCCGCCGGGGAAGGGCGGCUCGCCGAGAGGAAGAUCACUCGGAUAGCGACUCAGAUGGCAGCGAGCAUGAAAACGAAGGGCCCAAUGGCCUCGAGGAGACUGAGAUGAAAGUAGGCUGCGUGAGGGCUGUGUUGAGUCGAUUGAAUUUGGAUAGGUUCCGCGGCCGCGAUCGUCAAGCUGAAGAGAAUAUCGAGAUGACGGCGUGA